UAGCUCGCUACUGAGGCAGACACAGCACCGAGGGAUCCUCCACAGACACCACCCUGACUCAAACACUGUCCUAGCGUACACAAUUCUGUUAGUGAAGUCCAGAUGCAUGAGUCUCGGUCAGAACCAACAAGCCACACCAUUCAAGCCAGUCAGACAGAGAACGGGAAUCACACUGAGAAUGAGAGUCGACUGAGGAGUAGCCAGACUCCUCCUCCAGAGGCACCCAGGUGCCCAGCCAGACUUGUCAAUGGAGACUAUCAGAUUCCAGUGUCAUUGUCGAUGAUGACCCCACCAGCAGAGGCUCCUCAGCAGCUGCAGCAGACACCACAGCAGCAGAUCCUCAGCCCUCAGCAGCUCCAAGCCCUUCUCCAGCAGCAGAAAGCACUCAUGUUACACCAGCAACAAAUUCAAGAGGUCUUCAAGAAUCAGCAAGAGCAGCUAAAUAUGCAGCUGCUGCACCAGAAGAACGCUGGGAUUGUUAGUCAAGAGCUGACAGCCCAGCAGAUUGCCAUCCAGCAGCAGCUCCUUCAGGUGCAACAGCAGCAUCUCCUAAACCUGCAGAGACAAGGCCUGCUGUCUGUCCUCCCCACCAGCCCCACUGCAGCCCCAGGCUGUGAUAAUGGUAGCAUCCUGUCUGCUGCUGGAGAAUCCAGAGAGUCUUCCAGUCAACAAUCUACCACCAAUGGCCACCAAACUCUUCUCAAGAGGAAAGAAAGUGGAUCACUGGAUGAAAACACACAGAAUAGCCAUCCUCUAUAUGGGAAUGGUAUGUGUAAAUGGCCUGGCUGUGAGACUGUCUUUGGAGACUUUCAGGCAUUUCUCAAACAUUUAAACAGUGAACAUACACUGGAUGACAAGAGCACAGCACAGUGUCGUGUGCAGAUGCAAGUGGUUCAGCAGCUGGAACUGCAGCUGAAGAAGGACAAAGAGCGACUCCAAGCCAUGAUGGCUCAUCUUAAGUCCUCUGAACCCAAACCUGCAGCACAGCCUGUGAAUCUGGUAUCUAAUGUGUCUUUCUCCCAGGCAACAUUACCCAAAGGCCUUCCUCCGAUGAGCCUCUCUCAGAGCGCCACAGCACCGUCCACACCCUUGACGCCGCUCUCCGAAUCCCCCUCGGUCCUCACUCCCAAUAGCAUGUUCACUGGAACCCCUGUGCGGAGGCGAUAUAGCCGCUCCGUGAGCCAAGAUAUAAUUGAUAAUAAGGAGUUCUACUUGAGCACAGAAGUCAGACCCCCGUUUACAUAUGCCUCUCUCAUCAGACAGGCUAUAUUUGAAUCACCUCGCAAUCAGCUGACAUUAAAUGAAAUCUACAACUGGUUCACAAGAAACUUUGCAUAUUUCAGGCGCAAUGCAGCUACUUGGAAGAAUGCAGUCAGACAUAAUCUCAGUCUCCAUAAAUGCUUUGUACGUUUGGAGAACGUGAAGGGAGCUGUGUGGACGGUAGAUGAGAUCGAGUUUCACAGAAGGCGGCCCCAGAAAACUGCUGGUAAUGGAUCUCUGCUGAAGAACUCUCAGAACCGUCAAAGCUUCGCUGGGUCUGCUCUUCAGAGCGGCGGUCUCGAAGGCAACUCUUUCUACAACCCAGCUUCUAUGGGCAGCAUCCCAUUGCACUCCUUGCCUCAUAUUCUCCAGGAACAGAUGAAUGGAGCCCUUGCUAAUGGAUCUGGAUACCAAAGUGACAGCAGUGCAACACAGUCCCCUCCGCAAGCUUUCAUUAAAGAAGAGCAGGAGGACGAGGAGAUAUGUGAAAACUAUCCCUAUGAAUCUCCGGAGAGCACAGACGAGCACGGCCACAGCCCAGAGAUGAACCAAGAUGAAGACCACGGCAGCCCGGAGAGGCCCAACCUUCAUCUUGAUCGUGUGCCUUCUCUCUGACUAUGAGGUCCAAGUUCUCUACUGCAAGGCCACCUCACUCACAGCCUGUGUGACUUUGUACUCCAAAAAAAAAAGAAAAAAAAAACAGCUUCAUCUACGUAACCAAACACUCAAUUCUUGGGAUUUUUAUUUUAUUUUAUUUUAUUUUUUUGGUAUUUAUCAGCAUUUCUUAUUUGUUGUUUUCAAUUUAGCUCUGAGUUCUUUUUGUACAGUUGAAUGAAAUCACAAAAAAAAAAAUACAUUUGUGAAGCUGUCAGUUUGUGAUUUUUCUUAUUUUAUAUAUCUCUACACAAAGGACCAUGAUGAGCAGAGAAGCCAAAGGAAAGGGAACAUUGAUAGUUAGCACUUCGUAAUGAACGUCUCCCCUCUUUGUAGCUGCUUUUUGCUGCGCUGGGGGCCACACUACCUGAUUAUUAUUUUAGUAGUCAUAAUAUAUAAAGAUUUGUAGAGAAAGGAAAAAACAAAUGUUGCUUUAAAAAUGAAAAUGUUCACUGCCAACAUGAUCUGAUAUAUUUGUAUUUAAAGUAUAAUCAAUUGAUCAAAAGGAUACGUAGCUUCUUUAUAAUUGUUGGUCUGUUUCACCCCUUUCAUGAACAUUGCUGAAUUUUGCUCGAACUGAGCUUGUAAAAGUAGAUACUAUAGAUUUACCAUUAUUGUAAACCAAUACAUCUCUACAAAGAAUAAAUUCCUCAUGAUAUAUGUGAA